GGUCUAUCUUCAGUUCUCUGACUUUCAGCUGUUCUUCUGUGCCCUAAGUGACUUACCGUGGUCUGCCAAUUUUAUUCACUAAUAAUAAAGUGCAUGCUGCGAGUUCAUGAAUUGUGCGAUAUAUACAUGUGGUUUUUCCUGGAUCGUGGUUGGCUGGAUUGGACCAAUGGGCGUGCUGUAAAAAAGGUGGUAAUUAAUGAUCUUAUCCUGGUUGAUUGCUUGGCUAGGUUGAUUGGUUAAUUGCUUAUCCAAUUGGUUUGCUGCAAUCUCAAUCCUAUCUUGGGGGAUAAAAAGGGUUGGAGAUUGUUAAUCGGUGUUCAGUACUGUACUGAUGGGCGUGUUCGAAACCCUAGUGGUAUAUGGUCACGUUAAACUAGUUAUCUAUCUAUCUAUCUAUCUGUGUCGUAUAAAGCUCACACAUUCAUCGAUCUUGACACUUGCUCAAAGACGCCUCGGCUCAGCACAAAUGUUCGUGAUGUAUGGGCCACUUUGGUUUGUGGUUAUCGUUAUCAAUCUUGUCACUGGGGAACUGAUCAUCCGUCACGGAGACUUCCGUCUGAGAACGUGCACCUCGGACACGUUGUCACGGUUACAGACGGUCAGACGGUUUGAUGACGUCAGCACUCUUGUGACAUGCGGCGUUUAUUGUACACGCGAAUACACCUGCAGCGCCUUUGUGUACCACGAGUUGAAAAAACAUUGCCAACUUUAUGAGGAAAGACAAAACAAGAUAGAUACGGCUGUUGACAACAUAACGCACGGAGCUAGUUGUUGGGUCCGGAUGAAAACUGCUUUAUCGAAUAAAGAAAUGAAACAAAACGCCCGAAAUGUGCGCAUACACGACUAUAGCUCGCCAAAAUUGGUGAAAAUAAUUAGAGUAGUGGACAACGGGUCUUUGUUUGGAAGCAUCAUCACCUUCCCAGUGGGGCAGGUCAGAUACCUGGUUACCUAUGGCAGGCAAAAACAAAACAAGCUGUUUCGUAUAAAAUGGUCAGGCGAAGAAACAUUGUCGUGGAAAAGUCUAACGGUGGACUACUGGGCCAGCGACAUGGCGAGAUUGACGAACAGCCAAACAGUGACAACAGUGUCCUUCAAUGGAGCCGUCAUCAUCAUCGACGUCUUUCCCUUCUUCAAAAUAAACCGCACCAUCAAUCCCUCGGGACGCUUUCGCCGCAUCGACGUCUUCAGUGAGCAAUUGGUCGUUCUGGCGGAUGUGAGGAAAGUCUUCCUGCUGAACUUAACCUCAGAGGAACCAAGCACUGCAUUCCGCCCAGGAAAUUCAAUUGACGGUCUUGCCAUUUCGCCAGACGGCAAUCUGCUUCUGGCUCACCCUACAGGGGUAGCUCUGUACAACAUGUCCGGGGCUGUUAUAUGGCAAUACGAAACAGCCAGAGUGAUUCUGUUUGUCAGGUUUGACGGGAUGGGGAAUAUUAUAUUAGUCAACGACAAAGACAAAUCGAUGGAACUGAUUUCAGGAAAAGGUGAAUUCCUAAAGACUAUUUUGAAGAGAAAUUCUAAGUGGAAUUAUAAACCAAGCUAUAUAACAUUUGAUGAAGAGGGAGAUUUAUACAUGUCUGACAAAAAGUCCAAUUUAAUUUAUAUCUUUCAUUUUCAAUGAUUAAUUUCCGCAUAAUAUUACUGAAUCAUGAUAGUCCACGGUGCUGUAUUUGAGGGUGUGGGUCGAGGUUAUUGCACUUUGCAUGGCGUAGUAGAACAUGAUUUAUUAACUAAAUGUAUAUAAUAUAAAUACAAAUCAAACGUACAUCAGUUGAGCGAAAACAUUAUCGUGAGCUUAAUUUUUAUUUUUAUUUUUUUAAGCCACUGGCCCAUCGGGCUCCUGGGUUUUCAGUUGUAGCUAUUCCUGGGUGUCAGGCUAGUGGAUUUGUCGAACUCUGGAUUAGAUUAACUGUUCAGUGUUUUAUCAAAACAUAUAUAUGUUUUACGUUUGUUUGUUGUGCUUAUAUAAAAAACAACCCAAAUGUUUAUUAAUAAUCUA